AAACCAUUUAACUAUAAAAUCAUAUCGACGUGCAAACCGUGCCUGUUCGCAUAAAUCGCAGUAUUGCUGUAAUUCGAAGUCGUCUUUAUUCUAUUACCAUCUAUUAUCCACAGAAAAACAACAAACAGUGACAAAAAACAAUAACUGCAAUACAUAUAGUGUUCGGCAUAUUAUCUUCAUCAUGCGGUUACUCGCAUUCCUCGUGCUGUUCGGCGCGGUGGCGGUGACGGUGAGCUCCGCCACCAGGUACAUGCUAGCCGCUAACAAGCUCAGUCAGGGCUACGUGGACGUGACGUUUGCGCAGCGUAAAUGUUUGAGCAAAAAUUCCGAGUCUGUACCUGUCAUACUGACGGGAGUGGCGUACGAGACGGGUUUGCCGCGCAAGAGUUUCAACAGUUUCACGCGGUUCAACAAAAUGGACGGCGUAAAGGGCGACGAGAGGGGUCACCUGGUGGCAUCCACGUUCGGUGGCCUAAACGACGACAGCUGGAAUAUGGUGCCGCAACACGUGAGCGUGAACCGAAAGAUAUCCAAAAUGAGCAACAUAAUGGCCCGGUGGGAUGAGUUUGAGAAGUGGGCGAGCGUGCAGCUCGGCAGAAAUAAAUCGGUACAGUUCAAGAUCACGGUAAACUACGAGGACGCCAAAGGUUGCCGGCCGGUCAGUUUCGAAGUGGACGCCAAGUCUAGCUAUUCCAAGGACAGUUUCCAGGGUAAAUUCAUCAACAGUCCCGACGAUAAUUUCGCUACUGUCGCACAGACGCAGGCCCAAAUGAAACGCAAGAAGCCGUGACUGCAGCUCGGCCAAGAAAAAUAGUGCACAGUGCUCCGCGAUGUGAUUUGCAACCAUAUAAUUUUCUCUUAUUUAUGCUUUAUUUUUAUACUGUUUUAGUGUUUCACGCCGAUAACUAUACGUGUAGGAUUACUUCCGGUAUAUCCGACGUGAAGUCUGAAUUAUUUUUUUUAAAUUAGUUUUAUUGUUCAAUUUAAUUUCUUAAAUUUAUCGUAGUUACCUACGAUAAUUAUACUACUGAUCAAUUGUCAGUAUAAUAUAAUCACUGCUGUAAAACUGCCUGUUAGUUGUUAUAUUAUACAUAUUAAAUAUAAUUGUCUUGGUAUUGGCAAAA